ACUUUUUUACAUCCCUGCUUACGUUUGGCUGGCAUAGCCUAAUUUCCGCAUUCCCAAAUCCUCCCAGAUUGGGAUCACGUUUAAAAUCGGGCUGAUGCAACGAUUUCCACUUUUUAAAAUCUACUCUCGACCCUCGGCUGACCAGAAGAAAGGACAUUUGUUGCACCUGGGAUCAAAGUCAGCUGUGGUCACGACCGAGUCUGACACGAUGCCAGGACAAAUCCCAGAUCCCUCUGUGACAGCAGGCUCCCUGCCCAGCCUGGGCCCGCUGGCUGGGAUUUCAGCCACCACGCUGACGGACAAGCUCAAAUUUGGUGACCUCCAGGAGUUUGGGACAAUGCUGUCACCUCUGCACUUCUUGGACAGCCUGGGGAAAAGGCCCCUAGUCAUCAAAACAGAGAGAGAUGAAGAAGAAGAGAGGAGGAAACGAAGGCGAGAGAAAAACAAAGUGGCUGCAGCUCGAUGUCGAAACAAAAAGAAAGAGAGGACAGAUUAUCUACAAAAGGAAUCGGAGAGAUUAGAGAUGUUAAACUCUGACCUUAAAGCGCAGAUCGAGGAGCUGAAGCUUGAACGACAGCAACUGAUCCUCAUGCUUAACCGCCAUCGUCCCACGUGCAUUGUCAGGACAGAUAGUGUCAAAACCCCGGAGAGCGAGGUGAACCCCCUGCUGCAGCAGCUGGAGGCCAAGUGAAGGUGCGAUGAGUUCCUACGUUUGACAGUUGAGAAGAAGCAGCCAACUAGCAGCACUUAGCUUUGGGCCUCGGUCAUGGAGGAGAACCAGCAGAACCCUCCUACCCAAAGACACAGAGCAUCACAGCACAAAAUGUGGAGCCAAUAUGACUGAACACUGUUGAUUGGCAGUUAAAUCAAACUUUUUUUCUUUUCUCUUUUGCUUUCCCAAAGUUAGGCAUCAUUUUGGUCAUUAGAGCUCCAGCCACUAUUAGUUUGAGGUUACCCCAAAAAAACACAACACAUUAUCUUACAUUCCUUACAUUCAGUUUGUUGAUUAAUAGUAGAUUUAUCCUUUAUCUGUUCUUAACUUUAGCCAUUGGGCAAAAUGGAAUCACUUCAGAGUGUGGUAGAGAAAAAUUCCACUGUUGAAAACAUCAAAAGUUCAUUUCAGUUCAGUAAUUUCAGUAAUUCAUAUUGUGAUUUACAAACUAAUAAUUUACAUUUUUAUUAUGAAUAUCCCAAAAGAAGUCAAGGCUAAAACUGUGCUACAUUUAUGGCUGUCUGUCUGUAGCCAAGUUAUAUAUAACUGUUGGGUCAACAGCAUUUCAAUUACUGUUUCUACGUGAGGGAGGUGUGAUAGACUCAAAGAACAAUGGUUAUACUGUAUGUGGGCUACAAAUAGAUGUCUGAAUUUAAUGAGGGGUUGCAAGAUUUCUCUGUCUGUUUAACAAGUCAAGGAUUAUACAAGGAUUAUUUUGCUUGUUUUGGCUUUGUUAAAAUGCAUUCUGGGAAUUUUAACAGAAAAGAUAAAUGCAUUAACCAUCACAUAAUAAGUCAGUAGUUCUUUUUUUAAACUACAUAAAACCCCUCAUGAUAUUCUGGCCAUUUUUGUUCUUUUUAUACAUCUGGUGGCAGAGCAGCUGAAUUUUUUUUCCCCUUUAUUCCUAUGUUUUGGCGCAGGCGUCAUGUAUGCACAUAUAUAUGGACUGUUUACAUUAUUUUCUGUUACCAUAUUGUUACAACCAAUUAUGUUUAUGUUUUUUAUACUUUUGUAUAUGAUGUUAUAUAAGCAUAUAAGCUAUCACAAAAUCCCAUUUUGUAUUUCCUUAAGAAAUAAAUGUUUAGUUUCUUUUUUUUACUGGAA